AUGGAGCGCACCAACUGCUCAGCGGCCAGCCCUGUGGUGGAGACAGCCGUGGGCGCCAUGCUGACACUGGAGUGUGUGCUGGGCCUUAUGGGCAAUGCUGUGGCCCUCUGGACCUUCUUUUACCGUCUCAAAGUGUGGAAGCCUUAUGCCGUCUACCUGUUCAACCUGGUGGUGGCUGACCUGCUGCUGGCCACCAGUCUGCCAUUCUUAGCUGCCUUCUAUCUGAAGGGCAAGACCUGGAAGCUCGGCCACACGCCCUGCCAAGUCCUGCUCUUCCUGCUGACAUUCAGCCGUGGUGUGGGGGUAGCCUUCCUGACGACAGUGGCUCUAGACCGGUAUCUGCGUGUGAUCCAUCCUCGGCUCAGAGUUAACUUGCUGUCUCUGAAGGCAGCUUGGGGCAUCUCCAGCCUCAUCUGGCUUCUGAUGGUUGUUCUCACUCCCCAAAACCUGCUCAUUUGCAAGACUACCCAGAAUUCCACGGAGUGCCCCAGCUUCUACCCCGUAGGAGAGACCAAAGCCAGUACCACCUGCCAGGAGGUACUCUUCUUCCUUCAGGUCCUGAUUCCCUUUGCCCUCAUCUCCUUCUGCAACAGUGAGCUCAUCAGGACCCUCCAGAAGAGACUCCGAGAGUCUGACAAACAGCCCCGGAUCCGGAGGGCCAGGGUGCUGGUUGCCAUGGUGCUGCUACUGUUCGGGCUGUGCUUCCUGCCUAGCGUCCUGACCAGGGUUCUGGUGCACAUCUUUCAGGAAUUUGAGAGCUGCACUGUCCAGAAAGCCAUAGUGCAGGCCUCUGACAUCGCAGGCAGCCUCACCUGCCUGCACAGUGCACUGAGCCCGGCCAUUUACUGCUUCUCCAAUCCAGCCUUCACCCACUCAUACCGGAAGGUGCUCAAAAGCCUUCGGGGCAGGAGGAAGGUAGCAGAAUCACCUAGCUCCAACCUCAGGGACUCCAUUUCCUGAUGACUGUUGAAAUCCUCAACUCCCUUUUGUUUGGGAACCACCUUGGAUCUAAGUAACAACCCAACCGUCUCAGGAUAAGGAGAGAGAAACUGCACUGCAAGGAUCCACUGUCGGUCGCUGUGGUAACAAUCUGGGCUCAUUUGGAUUUCCCCUGAUACUUUACAGGGAUCAGUGACUGACUUGAAUCACCAGGACAGAGCCUUCCUCCAUUGCACAGUGGCCAUCCUGAUGGGGUUGCCAAGCUGCAUUGAGCAUCUCUGCACAUCCACACACGAAGAGCCAACUGGCAGAGGAGAGUGUUGGUGCCGCUCCAGCGCCAUCUGGUCUAUCCGGCCACGCUCGCUUUCCACGCUUCCAUUCUCCAGUGUGAA